CUUUGAUAUCUUUCAAGAUGGCAGGAAUAGUCAGGAAAAUUGUGAAAGUUUCAACUGCUCCUUCAGCUAUUGGCCCUUAUAGGAACCUGCAAUUUUAAGACAAGGUCAAGGAAUAGGUUGGAACUGCUGGUUAGUGAUCAGCAUACUCGUUACCGUACUCAGAACUGGCCUUUCUAUUAUACCCUGAUCUGAAAUUAUCUCUCGAGGGAGGCAUUUACAAUGAGUUCACUCAACGCAAAUAUGAAAAUCCCUAUCAGCCAAGCAGUGAUAGCUGGGAACACAAUGUAUCUAUCUGGACAGAUUGGUCUCAUUCCAGACAGUAAGAAAAUGAUUGAAGGAGGAAUCGAAGCAGAGACUGAACAGGCUCUGAAGAAUAUGGGAGAAGUGCUCAAAAGCCAAGGACUCUCCUACAAUAAUGUUGUAAAGACGACAGUUCUUAUGGCUGACCUGAAUGAUUUUCAGAAGAUGAAUGCCAUUUAUGCUAAAUAUUUUCCAAAAAACUUUCCUGCCAGGGCCGCAUAUCAAGUAGCACGGAUCCCAUUGGAUGGUCGAGUAGAGAUUGAAGCAGUGGCAGUUCUUGGUCAUAUUGUGGAUGAUGUGAGUCACCUGUGAAUUAA